AUGGUACCGUUUAGAUUUGUCGAUGUAGUAACGUUGGUGGAGAUCAGAAAAUCGUCGGAAAAGUCGAUGAGAUUGGUUUCAUUUGGAUCGUCUAUUUCAGUGGGUGGGCUUCGGCUUGUGGAAUGCUCACUGCCUUUAAGUAAGUUCACAAGGUCCGUGUAAUUGAUUACGUCUUCUCCAGGCUUGUCAUCAUCUUCUUCGUCUAGUUCAACUAGAGCGAAGUCAACCAAACGACUGACGACUCGCACACGUGGAUGUUUUUUGACAACACGCACUGCCUUCCUCCAACCAAAAAUCUGUGAAAGCUUGAUCGCGCAUUUUUCCUCAUUACUUAGCGAAGCCUCUGGAGGCCAAUCAGAAACUGUAGAAUAGCCAACAUAAUCUUUAGAAUAGGUCGGGCUAAGCUCUUCAAGUUGUUGUUCCCUGGCUGUGCCGUUAUCCGUGAUGCUCAUUUCCUCAGUAGCCGUCUUUGUUAUCUGCUCUGGGUCAAAUGGAGGUGAUUUAGGUGAGGUAGCCGUUGAGUUCUUGAAAUAGCCGUUAUAGUGGUGUGAUGAUGAGCUGGAUCCAGUUGUUGACGUCUCCGAGCUACCAUACGAUCCGCUCUUAUGCGGCCGUAGACGAUAAAUAGAAUUAGGGUUGCCCAAGUAGUUGGGCAACGAGGUUGUAUCAGUGAAACGAGGUUCGUCAUCAAAUGAAUCCUUAGGAGGUCGCAAAUAUUCUGGGAGAAAUUCGUCUUGUUGCUUGUCACUACUAUCGCCAGACAUAAAUCUUGCUUCGUGUGAUCGAUGCGUACUUGAGUUACUGAAAUGA